AGAGGGAGAUGAGAAGAAGUUCUAUGACUGUGAGUAUGUCUGUAUCAUCACAGUUAACAGCUGAUGAUUUGCACAUGAGACUGGAUUACCUUGAAGAUAGAGUGUUAUUUGCUCGGUUGUUGUUUCCUGCUGAGGCUAGGGUAGCCAUUGAGAAUGCUGAGGCAGAUUCUUCAUCACUGUACGCAAACGAAUCAGCAUUGAAGGGCACAUAUGGAAAUAUAAAAGAAGUUGAUCUAAAUGAAUCUCCCUCUGCUCGAGCCAGAAAACUUCAGUUAAGACUGCAUGCCCUUAUGAAAACAGUUGAGAAUGGUAGGCGCUUCUUUCCUCAUUGUUCAGAAGUGCUUGAUAAGUUUCUGGAAGAUGAUAUGCCAGAUGUGUUCUUCCUAGAGAAAGGCAGUGAAGAAGAGCAGAGAAUGAAGAAAGCACGAUUCAUGGAACUUAAAGAUGAUGUGCAGAAAGCAUUUCACAAAGAUAUGGCUGAAAAUAACCAUUCAGCAUUUUCAUCUUCAGUGUCCUCUUCGUCAUCUUCUACUCGGAGGGAAGGUCUUAACCACAGAGUGAGGAGAAAAUGAACUCCAUCUUCUGCUACUGCAACUUCCAAGUAUAAGAAGAAGCUUUGGAAUAUUCAGUAAAUAAGAUGUUGUGUUAAAUUAGAGUGUUUUGGUAAAGGAACAAGCACAUUUUUUCUAGCUUCAUUUUUGUUUCUUGCACUUGUUUGACCAAAUGAAGAAAAAAGGAAGAACUACUGGCUUGUAGUAUAUUUUUUAUCCUUUUCCAAGAAGCUUAAGUACUUGUAAAAUCUUACAUUGAUAUCUCAAUCAACAUCCUAGA